UUAUGAGCAAUAAUUUAUUCAACGUUCUCAACUUCUCUGAUACAGAAGAAGUCCCAGAAUAAUAAUAGAAAAAGUCUAAGAAAAAUAAUAACAAUAAGGAAUAGGUUAUCCCAGUUGAGUAAGUACAAAAAGAAAAUACUAAACAUGAUAAUCCCGCUCCUAAACAAAAAGGUGUUCCAGCUGAUCCACAUCCUAAAGAUAGAUAGUCUGGCACUGGAAGAGGCAAAGAACAACGAAAAGAAGGUGGUGGCAGAAACAAUUGGGGAAAUUACAAAGAUGACCUCAAAGAAGAAAAAUAUAUUGCAAAAGAGAAAAAGACUUAGGAUGCACCAAAAGAGGAAUAAAAUGAAUAAACAAUAUAACCAGUUCAACCUCCUGCUCCUGAAAAGACUCUGGCUGAUUAUUAUUAAGAAAGAGGAACUGUAAGAAUAUUAAUUAAAUUUAGAAUGUUGAAGAGGUACUCAAAAAGACUGAGACUAAAUCUUAAGUAGUCAAGUAAAUUGAUGAAGAAGCAUUGAAAAAGGAUAAACUUUUUGUCAUGAAAACAAGAGAAGAUGAAAAAAAAUUAUAAGAAUAAAAACAAAAGAAAACAAGAUAAUAAUAAACUUAUAGAAGUGAGCUAAAUACUUAAGCAGCUGAAUAUUUAGGUUUCACUAAUUAAGUAUAAGAACCUGAAAGAAAGAAUGAAAGAAGAGGAGAAAGAAGAUAAUAUGAUAAAUAAGAACCAGUUUAAGAAUAAUAAUAAUAAGGUGAAACUUAAGCUUAGGAGGAAAAAGGAGAAAGAAAGGAAAGAGGAGAUAGAUAAGAAAGAGGAGAUAGAUAAGAUAGAGGAGAUAGAUAAGAUAGAGGUCCUAGAUAAAAUAAAGGAUAUAAAGGAGAUAGAUAAGAUAGACCAUAACAUGAUAGAUCAAAUAGAGAUAACAAUACCAGAAAUUAAAGAGGAGGAGAUAAAUAAAGAAAGGGAGAUGAUAGAUAAGAAAAGAGACCUCAAUAAAGAUAAUAGGUAUUAUCAUUUAUUAAUUUUUUUAGGAAUAAGGAAUUCAAUUGGAUGACAAAGAUUUCCCAUCUUUAUGAGU